AUGGAACAACAAAAUUUUAAUUUUUUCCAAGAUGGCAAGUCUUUACACGGUGGGAGUCAAGACGCUAGCUCUAAAAUUACCCCAGAUAAUACAAAAAUAUCCAGGCAUGUCAAAACUGGCUCAACAAGCCCAUUCAAUCGGGGGCCAGAAACCCACCUACCGGAGCCGAGCGCCUUGAACCAUUUGUCAGAAUUAUUUGAUUCUGUUAUAAGCUACAAUGUACAAGAUAUUUCGGCCUUGAAGACUUCGGAAUGCAUUUAUGAGCAAGUUGUUCAAAAUGAACAGCGUCAGUUUUUUCAGCCAAUAAGAGCCAAAGUUGAAUUUUUUUUGGUUGGCUAUUUUUCGUACAUGCGCUUUUUUCGAUCCACUUUGUCCUGCCUUAAAAAUCAAAAUGCAAAGCCAGGAGCAGAGCUCUUGAAGUCGCUGUCACUCUUGCAGCCCAAGGAAUUGGAUGAGCCCAAGGAAUUGGAUGCAUUCCAAGUCGACAGUUCUCCUGGGCACAUAGAUAACGUUCGUGAAACCAGCCUUGAACUACAUGAACGAUUGACGAAAGUUCUCAAAGAGAACGACAAGCUGAGAGAAGUCAUCCAAGAACUCACAAGGCAGGCAGAGCGGCUGGAAUUGGAGAUCCUAAACUCCUUUGAGAAGGGUUCAGGGUCAGGCACCGCUCAAAAGUGCGUUGAAGAAGAAGGGAUAGAUAGGGCCAAUAAAAACCAGGAGGUUCAUCAAGGAGAGCAAGAACCAUCAACGCAGCCUGGACGCGGAUAUUUGGAAUAUCAACAAGGUUAUAAAAAUUUUCAGGAACAAGUAAUUGGAUCGUCAUCUCCGCAAGGAACUACAAGUCGGGUUCAGACUAGUUCAAUUAGCCAGAACAAAAAUUUAGAAGUUUUAUUAGAAUUAAAGAAGAUGGUUUUGCACCAACAAAAAAUUCAAGAGUUAAAAGAUGACGAAUUGAAUCAGCUAAAGCGCGCCAACAUUGCUUUGGAAGAUCAGAAUAUCAAGCUAUCAGAACAAAAUUUAGAUUACGAAGAGCAAAUUGAGAAUUUGAAAAGUCAAUUAAACACGAUGAGAGAAAUGCAUGCCGAAUUUAAGUCUAUGUCGGAGCAUAAAGCAGCUCUUGAAGAAGAAAAUAAGGAGCUUCGUCUCACCUUGGAGGAAAUGAAUAUUCUGAAAGAGCUCUCUGACGAUCUAGAAAAAGUCUACAUAUCAUCAGAGCAAAUGCUAAAAGAUGAGCUUAGGCAACAACAAGCCAAAAUCAAAAUGUAUCAAUAUCAGAUUAACAUCCUCAACUUGAAACUAUCAAGUCAAAAUAUUUUAGACCCACAAGAACUUCAAUUGGGGCCGACAUCCAAAAGCGACACUCUAGGCGUUGAAGAUUUUUUGACCACUCAAUUAGAAAAGGACUAUCUUUCUGAGUCGCUCAGCUCGAAAAUCUACGGAAAGAAAACACUCUGCACAUCGUUUGACAUCCUCAAAAAGCAAUUCAAGAAAAUCAGCUACGCCCAAACUAUCGAAGCUUUGAACUUCUACCAAUUUUUUGUCCCCGUUGAUUUAAUACAAAAAGACUUAAAAUUCUUCUUUUGCUCGACCCUCAUCAAAUGGUUUAGAGAAAGUUGCACGCUGCUUUCCAAUCACAUGGUUUCUUUGUUUCAUCCCAGCCUAUUCGAACAGUUAUCGAUGCCGACCUCAGGUGAUGAGGAGUCAAGUCACAAACCGAUUAUUGACUCUGUUUUUUCUUCGUGGGUAUUGAUUCCCCUUUUGGUCAAUAUCAGACAAAACGCUUCUAAACUGCUUCAAGCGACCAAGCAUAUCGGCGACGACGAAAGCUAUUUAAGAUAUUCCAAUUUGUGCACAGAGGUCCUGCCUUGCAAGAAAAUUCUAGAUGACCUAGCUGAAUCGUUCCAGCAGGGAGAAUCACCCGUAGAUCAGCAAAUCGAGGACGUCAAAAGUGUGCAUAUACGCUUAGAUUUUUUGGCGCAAACUAUUUGCUCAGAUAGCCUUGCACUACCUGUCGGUGAACAAUGUUUUGAUCAGUUUAGUCGGCUAUUCGUUUCAGUACAAAGUCUGAUUUUCGAAGCCAUAAAGCUGAAAAGGGUCUAUACGGACAAAAACCCAGCGGACGAUACAUCCUUUCAACUGUGGCUGGGCUUCCCGCAGUCAGAUUCACUAAUAGCGUACCUAAAAGAGCUGAUUGCUAACGUUUGUAAACUUCGACAGAUGAGUCUGGCUAGACAAGACUGCUUUCAAGGUCUGGAGUUCAUUGAUGGUAAGAUCGGCGCUAUCAUUUCCAUAACCAACAGAGCGAAUAAGUGCCUGUCAGAGCUGAGGCUUGAACUAGAGAAACAGAUGAAGCCUUCUCAAGAAAUGAACCGUAUAAUUUCUGUGCACAACGAGGUUGUUUCUGAGCUAAAAAAACUCGACCUCACAAACGCUCUUCUUUCAAAGCAAGUUGCUGACACGUCCGAAGAAAAAGCCGUGGAGAGCAUGAGAGACGUUUUUCUGCAAGUCUCGAAAUUUUUAUCCAGUAUCGAAGAGCAAAUAGCUUCGAACUAUUUCAGUACAACAAAUGCCUGCGAGAAUUUACCAAGACCAGGCCUUCGAAAAACCGAGGCCGUUCAACGACACUCUGAUCUCGGCUUGCAAGUCACCCGCCCGAAAAGGGAUUUGUCAGACAAGGACGGUACAAUUACGGGGCAAUCGGAGAAUGUACAAGAUUUCGAGCGCGGAAUUGAGAAGCAGGUGCAUGGUACGAAUGGUCAAGUCGGAAAAGAAUCAGACCUCUAUGAGGCUUCUUCGCAGCCUGAUGAAGCUAGUAGUCUAAAAUCUUUGAACGAUGUGCUCAAAAGCCAAGUUGAAAAUUUAGGCUCCCAGAUUUCUCAAUAUCAAGCCGAGCAACGGGUGCUAUUCGCAAGAAUGUCUGAUAUGGAACGGGAUUUGCAAAUAUCGCUGGAGGCCCAAAAGAACUCAGAGUCGAUGAAGUGUAAUCUCCAUCGAUCUCUGACGUCUCUAAGGUAUACUGUUAAAUAUCUGCUACAAAAGCUUCGUCGAGCGGCCGAAAAAGAAUCCUGGAAGAUACUAGAAGAAGAGCUACCCCCUCUGUUAACAGGAAUUUCACAAGAACCAUCUAGUUUUGCCAACAUCCCAUUGCAAUCUGCCCCAGGAAAUGCAGAAGACGCAGAUAAUUUGACUCACUCGGAAAACCAAAAUGGUGACGGACAAACGUUAUCUGGCAACCAGUGCGGACUCGGCCGUUCCUCUAACAAGAAUAGCAGCAAUAUUCGCGCCAUUCGACACCAACUGGUCGACACUGUACAGACGUUCAACUCGCUCGCAGUUUUCCCGUGCGUUGUCGAUUUGAGUAUAAGAGAUCCUACGCCCCAACAACAGUUAGAGGCUCAGGCUCUGAAAUUAUUGCAAGUAAAAGCGUCUAUGCUAAAUUUGAAAACAAGAAUUGGCAGAUUAUUUCAGCCUCAAAAACAGACUUCGCCUCGUUCUACUUUCGCAAAGUUUAAUAUGUUUGUUUCGGAAUCCAGCCGCGCCAGCCCCAGGUCUAAGCCUGUUGCUGUCAUCAAAUUUCCUCGUGUCAGUACUGGCGACAGGGGAAGUCCACCGUUUACGUCUCGCUCUCAUAAUACGCUAAUUCGAACCUAUGUUACUAACGACAGUCUUCGAGAGCUACAUUUAGAACUAAUUUACUAA